AUGUUUGCUGUCCAGCAGAGACCUGUCACCAAGGCACUCGGCCUGUUUUUGGCUGUGUUCCCGGUGCUUGGAUCUGCAGGAAGCAACAACACGUGCAAUGCCACUGCUUUUGGCGCAAAAUGCGUGAUUCACAUAGGCGGUAUGUUCGCUUUCCCCAACAGUCCUUUGAUAGGUACGCAACAAGAGGUAGCGCAGACGGCACUUGACCACAUCAACAGCUUGGACGGGAUCCUAGACGGUUACCACCUGAUCAUGAGAUGGAACUGGACUGGGAUUGGUAUACCAUCAAAUCCAGCGUUAGGAGACCGGUCCGUGUAUCCGUACACAGUCAGAGCCUACCCUAGUGAUAGAGACCAUUUCUUGGGCGUGGUUGCAUUCAUCAAAGAAAUGGGAUGGAAGCGGAUUGCAUGCAUCUUUGAGGACAACUCCUUUUAUCAGGCUCGGCAGGAUGUCAGAAUUAUUUACACUGGAUUCCCCAACAUAGCGGCAACACUGAAACUCUUCUGUCAGGCCUACAUCGCUGGUUUGACGGGUGCAAAGUACGUGUGGAUACCGCCUCUCCUUGCCAACUUUGUGUGGUGGCUCAACAACUCGGAGUCAGACAUCCAACCUUGCACGGCAAAGCAAAUCCUCGCUGCCGCUGAUUCAGCGAUCCACUUCGACCGCGGGCAGCGCUUUGUAGGUUUGCCGGGGCUUGACUUUAACGGCGUGAAACCCUCGCAGGAGCAUUACGACUACUACAACAAUAUCUACCCAUUCAGUAGCAACGUCAUACCGUUAACGUACGACGGCAUCGUAUCUGUAGCACUGGCCCUGAAUGCCUCCAUAGCGGACCUACAGCGUCUUCAGCCCCCUCGUAGGCUUGAAGACUUCAGCUUUUCAGAUGUGGACAUGGCAAGGGGUCGAGUUCGCAUUGAGGACGGACUACGGAAAGUGGACACAGUAUACGUCGAUCAGGCUCAAGGCGGCCAUGUUCCUGUGGAUGGUAUAACACAGAGAUCUAAGAUCCUUGAAGUAUCGUCUACCGUACGGGCGAUUCUAUUCUCCCUGACGUCGAUCGGCGCUGUCUUGGCGUUAGGCUUCCUCUUCAUUAAUGUCAAAUACAAAUACAGAAGGGCCAUCAAGAUGUCGAGUCCUUCGCUUGGUAAUCUGACUGUGGUUGGUUGUUUACUUCUUUACGCCUCUGUCUUUGCCACAGGCUGGGACAAGACGAAUUUGUCUGAUACGGCUAUCGUCGUCAAGUGUCAUCUGGAGAGGAUUCUGAUUUCCCUAGGGCUGUCAUUUGCAUUCGGUUCCAUCUUCAUGAAGACGUACCGCAUACACGCCAUAUUCAGUCGUGCAGUGAAGAAGUUCAAACAAAUUGUGAGUAAUGUUUGGGAAAAAGCGAUUUUGAUCUAA